GAAAAGAAUCGUUUGCUAUGGAGCCUUCUUUCAAGGAUGAUGAAGAGGGCGCACAACUCUACAGAGAUGUUACACGUCACUUCCGUGAAGGAAACUACAUCAAGGCAUUGGAGAUCAUUGACGAUUUGAUUUUAGUCCAUGGGGAAGAUAAAGACGCAUGGCAUCUUCGUCUCAAAGAAGGUCACGUAUUCUUGGGACUAGCGCAAAAAGCAGAGAGCCCUGACGUGAAAGUCGCAUUCUUGUUAGGUUCUGUAGAGUGUCUUUCGGAAGAUGAUGGGUUAUCACCACUUUGUGCGAAUUCACUCCACAUGUUGGGCAAAAAGCUUGGGUCAGUAUUGUAUCUCAAGAAGGCUGUGGAGAAAGCAAAACAUGGUUUAACUCUUACUUGGGCAGAGAACCCAGCUGAACAUGGUCCACUGAGUUUGGAAGAUCAAAAAGUACUCGACGAAAAGAAUAAUGGAUUGUUGGAAGUAAUCAGAGAUGCAGAGUCUCGUAUCGCUUCUUCCAAGACUCUUGUUGGUUCUACUAUGAAAAACUCUGAACAAAGAGUUUGGGAGUCAAAGAAGAGUCCAGACCCGCGUGAGGAUACAUUUAAAAGAUUGAGGUUAUACUGGGUGGGAUUGGAUGUUAGGAUCAAAAGGGACUUUUUGAAAGUAAGCGUUGCAAAGCUUACAAAUUUUGUUGUGGGAUUAGGAUAUUACAAAGCGGAGGGACGAGAUGCUUUGGAGCAAGUUCUCGCUUCUGCAAAGAAAGACAGAAAAUGGUCAUUCUGGAUAUGCCGCACUUUGUGUUCCAAGAAGUUCUCCAGUGCUGAAGAAUGUAAGAAUCAUCUUGAACAACAACACGCUGUAGAUUUUAAACUUUCUUCAGAAAAGGAUAUGGUCAAGAGGAUUGGAAAAGACUGGGCUCGUAAGAUAUCUGUUGGAAGUUGGGAACCAGUAGACGCAGUAGCUGCCGUUGAAAUGAUCAAUAACCGGCUCGCAGAUGUGAAAGCUUUUGCAUCUAAAUCUAAGAGUGGAUGGUCCAAAGAAUGGCCUAUAGCUGUGGAUGAAGAGCGGAAGCGGAGUAAGUUACUCAAGGAAAUCAAAUUGCUCCUUGUCUCGUUUUGCGACAAGAAAAUUCUCUCCGGUAGCCUUCGUGACUGGAUGAUGCGUUUUCCGGUUAAGCAUCUAGUGAAACUUGAAGUUUCCCAACAGAGUAUUGUUGAUUUGCGUUUAGUAGAAACACCUCAGAGUAUCUGUUUUCUAGAAAGUCAUGAGCUCAGUCAAAUCCUAGACUUCCUAAACAACAUCAAGUGUGAAAGGAAUGAUGGUACAGAUGCAAUUUGCAGAGCAGUGGACAGUUUCCUGGGUCGUACUCGAGUUAAAGAAAAGAUCGAUUUCGACCCUGGGUUUUCAUAUCUGCUACUGGAUAAAAGACUACUGAAAAGCAAUACUGAUCCUGCUCCAUUCGAUGAUGAAGGGACUAUCAGUGUUUUUGAUCCCAGUGCUCACUACGCCAAGGCACCAGCUCAUGGAGAUGAUAUCAUAUCCUGGUUAACUGACUACAACUCAGUAGACAAGACCUUUCCCAGACCUAUCAGAGAACACAAUCUUGAUAUCUGGUUGGCUGUUCUGAAAGCUGUUCAGUUCACAUGUAAGACUUUGGGAACCAAAUAUGCAAAGAAAGUGCAGGUCUUAGAUUAUGAUGCAGCUCUUACUAUCAUCAAGAACAUGUGUAUAAGUGAAGAUAAAAGGAGAAGGAAUCUUCAGGAAGAUCAAUGGAACAGAUAUGCAUCGCUUCUAUGCGAUAGGUGUGAAGAGGAAUUCCCCGGAAAUUCUACAAAAUUAUUCUUGUGUGCAGUACGAGAUGUUCUCGAAGGAGCACUGCGUCCAACAUUUGAUUUUCCCGAUUUAGAAGAUGGCAUGAAUCUUAUACGUGAUCGUAAAAGUCUCAGCGAUGAUAGAGUGUUGAAAUCAAUAGACCUUCUGAAAUCAGUGGUCACCCACAAGGUUUUACUAAUCGAUUCGAAGAUUUUACUGAUUGAUAAUUCAAGGAUUAGUUUGCUGAAUAACCUCAGCAGGCUUUCUAUUUUUGACAACCGCACUUAUAUGCUUCAACUGCUGAAACCUUUCUUGCUGAGUGAAAUUGUAACUAUGGAAUCCAAAGCGAAGUCAGAUGCAGCAGAAGCAGAACUUUUACUCGAGGAGGAGAAGAAGCCACAAUCAGUGAAGAAGAAUAGAAGCAAUAAGAAAACAUCAACGAGCAAGUCUAGACCACGUGAUAAGACCGUUGAACAUAAACCUUCUGUCAACCUUGAACAUGAGAGUACAUCUUCAUCACUAAAAACGGUGGCAGAAGAUUCUAUGGAACCAGAAGAUGCUCUAGCAAAUGAAAUUCAAGAGGGAGAGCAUCACCAGCUAGAAGAGGAUUAUUCUGUGCAAAAUAAUGAUGACCCUGAUUUGCAAAACCCUGGAGAAGAUUCAUUGUUGGAACAUUUGGAGCCAGCAGCUGCAGAAGCUACAACCAGAUACAAUUCAGCUUUUGACGUGACGCUGAAGGCCCUCUUGAACAUUAAGAUUUUCAAAGAAGAUUUGAUGCGCAAUAGGCAACCAUUUCAUGACCACCUGGAAGAACAAGUUCCUUCCGCGCUACAAAAAUUCUUUGACGCUGUUGUGUCAGAGGUGAUAAAAAAUGAUGAGGGAAUCUACAGUUCCUUGUUGAGCAACUUACUUGCUUACCUAGAAGAGGUUCAUUCCAUGUCAAGUAAAGCUGCUGAGGUACUUGUAGCCAUAUUUGAGUUUUGGCAUGGCUGGAAAAAUCAAGAAAGAGAAAGCUUGGUAACUCGCCUUUUCACGUUGGAGGAAAAUGAAAGAAUGAGUUGCACCAGAUGCAGAAGGAAGUCAAAUUAUCCAGAGCAACGUUCUUAUGGCAUUGUUAUGGCUGCAGAUUCAAUCAGGGAUCUGAAGUGUUCUCUUGGGAAUAUGGAGUUUGUGGAUAUCAUUAAGGUGAUCCGCAUGGAAUUUAAAAUGUUCUGUGACCUUAAAACAGGGGGAUGUGGAAAGACAAACUUUGUUCAUCACAUUAUAAGUAAACGCCCACCUAUCUUCAUAAUCGUUUUGGAAUGGGAGAAGAGCGAAACUGAGAAAGAAGUAUUUGAAACAACAAAGGCUUUGGAGUGGGAAAUAGACAUCAGCAGGCUAUAUGAAGGCGUAGAACCAAACACCAACUACCGGCUUGUGUCAAUGGUUGGUUGUGGUGAAGAAGAAGAAGAGCACAUUUGCAUAGUUUAUGAAAAGAACCGGUGGGUCAAACUCAGACGCACUGCUUUUGAAGGAGAGGUUGUUGGUAACUGGAAGAAUGUGGUCAGAUACUGUGGAGAAAGGAAGGUACGGCCAGAGAUUCUGUUUUAUGAAGCUGUCUCAUGGAUUGCCUAACAAUUGACAGUAUUGUAUCAAUGUGGAGAGGUCCAGCAUUGAUGUAUAAAACAAUGACAUGUUCCAAGUAAAAAAAAAAAAGUUGUGUUCAUUUGUUUAUCUACAUAGAGUCCUUAUCAUGUACACAACAAGAACGACAAGAGCAUUUCGCAUAAUGGUUCAUCUUCCAAAAAGGAAGAGGCUGAGCUCAACAUCUUAAAACGAGUAACGAACGACUUCCUGAAACGACACCGGUUAACAUCAAUCGAAAGAACCACUUAACCGGCUCGGUUAUCUUUCUGGUCAUUUUAAUUGCUC